UGGUGACAAGGUUUACAAGUUGCGAAAACUGGCCGGCUGCGCUGGUUAAGUUUUUUUUGACGAAAAAGCUGUUGGACCUGUGACGUCGGACUUAACAACCGGAUACAGUUUUCAAUGUGUUUAUGGUUUGAUUAUUUCGAAAUUUGGUCAUUUUUUUUUGCUGUUGCAACAUAAAUUAUGAGGUUGCCAUGUGCACCGACCAUCCCUUUUCCUAGGCAACGAAAUGCAUUGCAAGUACCUGCCAUUACUUAUGAUGGAGUUUGUCAUAUUAUUGCAAACACGUGAAAAAGUGUUGUCAGAAGUGGGAUUCGAACCCACGCCUCCAGGGGAGACUGCGACCUGAACGCAGCGCCUUAGACCGCUCGGCCAUCCUGACAUACAGAGAAGAUUACCUACGACAAAUAAUGACGUAGACACUGUAUUCAUCGCGAUGCAUCUUUAUUUUUUAUUAAAGAAAAUACUUUCUUACAGUUACUACUGAUGAAAGAACUUACCACCUUCCAAACAUGUUUACUUCACCAUUGGAUUUGCUUUGCUACUUAAUGUUCAAUGCUUACAUCAGCCAGUUUUCUGUGCUAGCAAUGCAGUGAAAACAUCAGACCGCACUUAGCUUAGCUAGAUGUAGCCAUAACUAGAGCAGCCAGAUGAGAAAUGCUUAUGUUCUCUAACCUAGUAUUGACUGGCUGACAAGAAUGAAUUAACGUUCGAUUAAGGCCCUGUAAUUAAUGCUUGAGAGAUGCCAUAUUCACCGCCUCCUAACUUCUCCUGGGUAGAGCCAAACAAACUGGCUGGCCUGGCAAUGCCUAGGAUGACGGCUCACUAUCAGUACCUUCUAGACAAUGGCAUUACACAUCUAGUGAGCCUAUGUGAAAGAAAACCCCCAUAUCACGAUACAUGCCCAGCACUGACGCUUCAUCACAUCAAAAUACAUGACUUUUGUGCUCCCACCUUUGAUCAAAUCCAUCGCUUCUUGAGUAUCGUUGAAGACGCUUAUGCCAAGGGGGAGGGGGUUGCUGUCCACUGCAUGCAUGGCCAUGGAAGGACAGGCACAAUGCUGGCCUGUUAUCUGGUGAAGACGAAGAAAAUCAGUGGGAUAGAGGCCAUUAGAGAGAUCCGCAGGAUCCGUAGCGGCUCUAUAGAAACUAGUGAACAGGAGAAAACUGUUGUACAGUUUUACCAACAAAUCAAAUGACAUCAUGAUGACUUCUCAUUUCAGUGCAACUAUUAAACACCUAUCUGUUACCGCUUACUAACUGGUAUGGAUCUUUGGCAGCCUUUCUGCCAGGUUCUUUUGCAAUACUGUGCAUUUGUGUAUAAAUCAAUAAGCCCAACAAGUCCCAAUAAAUGUUAUUUAUUGACUGA